AUGGCCGAUAGCGGCGGACUCAGCGCCAACAACGCCGCCGCCGCCAACGAAGACGACGACGCCAACACUGCGCCUUUCCCGGACACGGUCCAGGUCGGAGGAUCUCCCGAGUACAAGGUCGAGAGGAAGCUGGGCAAAGGUGGCUUCGGCCAUGUCUUUCUUGGCCGGCGUCUGACUGCUGCCCAUGCUGGACGCUCUGCGGCGUCUGCUGCCCAAGAGGUUGCCAUCAAAUUUGAGCACACUACCAGCAAGGGCUGUACCUACGGCCCUCCGGCAGAAUGGCAAGUCUACACCGCUCUAGGAGGCACGCACGGUGUGCCCAAGGUGCAUUAUAAAGGUCGCCAGGGUGACUACUAUGUCAUGAUUAUGGAUAUGCUGGGGCCUAGCUUGUGGGAUUCAUGGAAUUCAUUAGGCCAAUCCAUGUCAUCGGAAAUGGUGGCUUGUAUUGCCAUGGAGUCCAUUUCCAUCUUGGAAAGCAUGCAUUCUAAAGGAUAUGUGCAUGGAGACGUCAAACCUGAGAACUUUCUUCUGGGGCAGCCUUCAACGCCUCAAGAAAAGAAACUUUAUCUUGUGGAUCUUGGAUUAGCAACAAAGUGGAGAGAUACUGCUAGUGGACAGCAUGUUGGUUAUGAUCAACGUCCUGAUGCCUUUAGAGGAACAGUCAGAUAUGCUAGUGUCCAUGCACAUUUAGGAAGAACCGCUAGCAGGAGAGAUGAUUUGGAGUCACUUGCCUAUACACUAGUAUUCCUUCACCGGGGCAGGUUGCCAUGGCAGGGAUACCAGGGUGAUAAUAAAUCAUUUUUGGUGUGCAAGAGAAAGAUGAGUACCUCACCUGAGACCCUUUGUGGCAUAUGUCCUCAACCUUUCAAGCAGUUUCUUGAGAUCGUUGUCAACAUGAAGUUUGAUGAAGAGCCAAACUAUUCCAAGUUGAUCUCAUUGUUUGACAGUUUAAUUGGACCAAUCCCUUCCAUUAGACCAAUCAAUACUGAUGGAGCUCAAAAGGUAGGGCAGAAGCGUGCCAGGUUGCUUAAUGAUGACGACGACCAUGUAAAAAAGAAGAUUCGGCUGGGUGCCCCUGCAACCCAGUGGAUUUCAGUAUACAAUUCCAGGCAACCUAUGAAGCAGAGGUACCACUAUAAUGUGGCUGACGCAAGGUUAGCACAACAUGUGGAGAAAGGAAAUGAGGAUGGUUUGUUGAUAAGUUCAAUAUCAUCAUGCUCAAAUCUUUGGGCAAUCAUUAUGGAUGCAGGAACUGGCUUCUUAGCUCAAGUCUACGAGCUAUCUUCACACUUUCUUCAUAAGGAAUGGAUUAUGGAGCAAUGGGAUAAAAGUUACUACAUCAGUUCUGUUGCUGGCUCCAACAAUGGAAGUUCUAUUGUAGUGAUGUCAAAAGGCACACCAUAUACACAGCAAUCUUACAAAGUCAGUGAUUCCUUUCCAUUUAAGUGGAUAAACAAGAAGUGGAAGGAAGGUUUUCAUGUGACUUCAAUGGCAACAUCAGGCAAUCGAUGGGCUAUAGUCAUGUCCCGCAGUGCUGGUUUUUCUGAGCAGGUCGUGGAGUUGGACUUCUUGUACCCAAGUGAGGGCAUCCAUAGACGCUGGGACAAUGGCUUUCGUAUCACUGCAAUGGCUGCCACAAUGGAUCAGUCUGCGCUGAUCCUAAGCAAGCCAAGGCGUCGCCCGAGAGACGAGACACAAGAGACUCUGCGGACUACACAGUUUCCCAGUCAACAUGUCAAGGAUAAGUGGGCCAAAAAUCUCUAUCUUGCUGGGAUAUGCUAUGGGCGAACCGUGGCCUAA